GGUAGCUGAGCUGGGGGUGGGAAGGGGCCGGGCCGCCGCUUCGGCCGGUGUUACUGCGCUUGCGCGGCUCUGCCAGCAACGGUUCCGCGGUAGAUUCGGAUCGGAUGAGGCGCGCAGCCCUUUGUGACCCUGUCCAGGAGAGCAGCUGCCGCGUGGGCUUUGAGAUCCAUGCUCAGAAAUCAACCAUCCAGACAUCUGCAGAGCGCCCGAGACGGGACAAUGGAGGCUGCCAGCCUGCCAAAUGAAGGCCGGUUUGCCCCAGGCUCCUUCCUGGAGAAGCUGAACUCCCUGGUGAAAGGAAUCGGCUGCCCCAGUCCCGAUGUGGGGAGGGCCCCGCGCAAAGCCUUUGACAAGAGAUGGGCGAGUCUACCACAUCCAGCCCCUCCCCCUGCCAAGGUGCCGGUGACCAGAUCCCCUCCAUCAUCUUGCUCCAACGGACUCCCUGCUGUUGUACCGCUGCCUGUGAGCGCUCGGCGAGAGCCUGUCACCAAACUGGUCGCUGAGGCUAGCGUCUCGUCCGCGCGGGGAAGCAGGACAGCCGCCUGCCCCCCACUUGCUCCUGCAGCUCCGCGCCAGGCCUCCAGAGUGGCCCAGGAACCAUCUCCCCAGGCGGCUCUGGAGCUCCAGGGCGGCACCAGCAGCCUCGACGAGCAGGCCCAGCAGCUGGAUGUGGAAAUCAACGAGCUGAUCCAGCAGUGGGAGCUCAGGCCUGAGGAUGAGGAGUGGAAGGACAUGGCCUCUUCCAUGCUGCUGAAGAGUAAAUGGUGCCGGGGUGACCCCGUGGACCUGGACUACGAGUUCAUCCGGGAGGACCCUGCCUACGACGCAGACAGGGUGGAGAGCGAGGCUCGGGAAGCAGAUGAUGAAGAGGGCCAGGCCGGCAGCCCAGCAGUGCCACCUUCCUCACCCUCCUCCCCUGCCCAGUCCUCGGAGGCUGCCCCGGACAGCCAGGGGGGCUAUUCCCUGAGACCCAGGGGCCCUGUGGAGAAGCGUUCAGCAGAGGAGGAGGAGGGAGACACCCCUGCUGGCUCCAUGGAGGAGAGCUCAGCAGAGGAGGAGGAAGAGGGAGACUCCCCUGGUGGCUCCACGGAGGAGAGCUCAGCCGAAGAGGAGGAGGAGGAGGAAGAGGCUGAGCCCUCUCCCCAGCGGCAGAGGAAGCGGGGUCCCCAGGGAGGGACGGCUCCACGUGUCUACCCGUGCCCCACCUGUGGCCAGAAGUUCGCCAACAGCAGCAACAUGCGGAAGCACCUGCGGAUCCACACGCGGGAGGCACUGUACUCGUGCCACGCCUGCGGCAAGUCCUUCACUGACUCCUCCAACCUUACCAAGCACCAGCGCGUGCACAGCGGGGGCCGGGAACGCCCCUUCAGCUGCUCCAAGUGCCCCAAGGUGUUCGCCUCGGCCCCCGAUCUGCAGGAGCACCUGCGGCGCCACGAGGGCAUCCGGCCCUUCCCCUGCAUGGACUGCAAGCGCAGCUUUGUGUCGCAGGCAGAGCUGCUGGCGCACAUCCGCAGCCACGUGGGGCAGCUCCGGGCCUCGGCCCCCAAGCCCUUGCUGCGCUGCGAGGACUGCGACAAGAGCUUCGCCAGCCCCAUGCUGCUGCGCCUGCACCAGCGCCGCCACAAGGCCUUUGUGUGCGACGAAUGUGGCGCCGUCUUCACCCUCGAGUUCAAGCUGCUCUUCCACAAGAGUCUGCACAAGGGGCCGCAGACCUGCGCGCGCUGUGGGGUGCAGUACACGGGAGGGCACUUCUGCCGGGCCCAGUCCCAGUCCCGUGCCUCCCAGCCGGGACACAACAGUGCCAGGACUCCGGAGACAGCGUCACUCGUGGUCAGAGUCCCUGACUCUGUGCCGGCAGCAGGCUCCACCCCGGCCAGGCCCCCAGCCCCAUUAGCAGACGGGCCCUCAGGCUCUGCCCCGGCCGGGCCUACAGCCCCACUAGCAGCUGGGCCCCCAGGCUCCGCCCCAGUCCCACUACCAGCCAGGCCCCCAGGCUCCACCCCAGCCGGGUCCCCAGGCUCCGCCCCAGCCAGGCCCGCAGCUCCGGCCCCACUAGCGCCUGGGGCCCCAGCCCGAGCAGCAGUGAGGCCCCACAGCUCAACCACAUCGAUGACCUCACUGGCCUCUGUCUCAGUCCCUUUGACCAUCCCUCCCUCAGACCCAGUCACAGGAGUGAUAAGUAACGGCCUGAUCCUACUGAACCCAGCAACCUUGCCCCCGGGCACCAAGAUCAUCCUUCAGAUCCCACCCCAGAUGGUUGUGCCCCCAAGGGACACGGGCACGGGAGCCGGGAGUACCAACGCGUGUACUCUGCAAGGACCAGUACCCAGGAGGAUGCCAGAGCUGCGCCCAACCCCAGCCAAAGCUCAGCGGCCAGCAGGAGGGCAGCUCGGUGAUCUCACCAGCAGGAUGUCAGCAGAGAAGGGCAACGGGCCACACACUCCGCCAGUGCCAGCCCCAUCCCAACCCCUGCAUCCCCCGCCACCAUCAACCCCCCUGCACUCCCCACCACCAUCAGUCGCCCUGCAACCCUCACCUCCCUCAGCCCCACCACUGCUAGCUCCCCCACGGCCCCUGCGCCUGAUGCCGCUGCCAGCCCCACCACCCCCCUCAGCCCCUCCACAGCUGCCAGCCCCCUCAGAGGAGCUCUGGGCUGAGCAGGGAGCGUGGCACAAACCCUAUAACUUCCGCCAGUCCCAGCCCCAAGGGAAAUACACUGAGGAGGGAGCAGGGGAGGGCAGUGACCCUGGGGGAAGCUCUGGGGAGGACUGGGCAGGGGAGAGCGGGGCUGAAGAGGAUGAGGAGCUGGAGCCUGUCCCACAGGGGAAGAGGCAAGGGCGGCCCCCCAAGAAGCAAGCGCAAGGCCAGUCCCCGAAGAAGCGAGGGCGGCCCCCCAAGAAGCGAAGGCGAGGCCGGCCCCCCCUGGGCCCCUACAUCUGUGUGGUCUGUGCCAAGCGCUUUGUGUACCAGCGGUCGCUGAAGCAGCACAUGCGGCUGCGCAGGCACUAUCCCUCCUGCCACCAGUGCCACAGCACCUUCAGCGAUCUCCACCAGCUGCAGCUCCAUGUGCUCAGCCACCGGGGGGAGGGCAUGGCGUGAGCAGCCAUGAUGUCUGGCCUGGCACUACGGUGCCCAACCAUCCCCCCAGCCCCUGUGCGGGGACCCUCAAUGCAAAUACCCCCUUGCUCUGCCCCUGCACUCCCACCCCCUUGCAGAGCAGGCAGCUUGUUGGGCUGUUUGGACUGAGCGGUCUGACCAUCCUGGGAGAUCUUGCACCCCAACAUCUCUUCUUUGGCCUGGCCGCCUAUGUGCCAUUCUGCCCUGGCACCCAUUGCCAUCCUCAGGUUGGACUCCCCUGUCUCUCUGGGGGCAGGGCAGGGCCUCGUCUCUCAUGAAAUGCUGCUGCCUCAGCUACUCCACUGCAUAAAAAGCAGCCCUGUGGCUUGGGGGCUGCGUGUCCUUUGUGCGUCAGUGGUUGGGGCAGGGUUGGCAGCAGGCCUAAGGCAGGGGCCCCUCUGCUGGGGUGGAGGGCAGCUCUUUCCCUCUCCCCCUUCGCUCCUUGGCCCAGGGUAUCACCUCCAGGAACUGGGCUCAGACCAGGGACUUAUUUUUUCAUGUCCCCCUGUAUGGCAGAACUUGGACCCAAGAGUGGAAAGGCCCCUGCCCAGCCCCUCUGCCUUAAGGAGUCAGGUGGAGCAAGAGACACACAACUGAUUUUAUUUGUUAUUAAAAAUGUUUGUAAGCUAA